AUGGUCCAUGGUGACUUGAAAGCGGAGAACAUUCUCGUAUCCGAUCAAGGUGUUGUCAAAAUCAGUGAUUUUGGUAACUCGAUCUUGGAGGAAUGCUCUCUUCGGUAUACUGCUACAUCCAGAGUAGGAGGGGGAACAUCCCGUUGGAUGGCUUGGGAGUUGUUCUCGGAUCCUCCGGCUGACAUAAGUGCAACGACGGACGUACACUCUCUUGGAAUGGCAAGUUUGUACAAACCAUUGCCCAAAAGCUCUGACCUAAUAUUCCACGUAGACUCUCCUGGUAAAUACGUAGAGGAGGUUAUGACUGGAGAGUACCCAUACGCAGAGUACAAAGGGAAUAUUUCAGUGCUGGGCCCACUCAGCGAGAAGCGGCUUCCCAAGCGCCCAGAAGCGUUUGCUUCACACCGACGAUGGGGUGACGAAAGAUGGGCACUACUACUUGAUUGCUGGAACGUGGACCCAAAUCUCCGCCCAGAUAGCUUGAAGGUGCUUAACAGGUACACAAUUGUGGACCCAGAUGAAAGAGCUUCAGUAAUCCUCCAGCCCGAUGGUAUUAGGUUAAGAUCGAACAGACCUAUUGUAUUCACAUCCGCUUUUGAUACUGCACAGUACUACGACUUUCCUAGAUAUGACGUAAAUAUCGGCCAGCGCCGGUCACCCUAUUCAUUGACUUGGCCACAAUACCAACUAAUGACUACACUUCACAAACAUAUAGUAUCCUCGUCCAGUUCACUGGUUACUGACGCGCUCGUGGGCGUCUCCGCUUUGAACCCCGUGCAGCUGUUGAUAAACAACACAAAGCCUGAUCGUUCUCGAGUUGCUAUAAUAAGUGGGGGUGGAGCAGGGCAUGAGCCAGCACACUCAGGGUUCGUCGGGGAGGGAAUACUCAAUGACUAUGAAAGUCAGGACCGACGCAUACAUCCAGCCGCAGUUUGCGGAGAUGUUUUUGCCUCUCCUAACGCGAACCAGGUCAAGCGAGCACUACAAUUAGUCGAAAAUGAAAAAGGAAUACUUAUGGUCGUCAAGUCAUACACCGGCGAUAUAUUGAAUUUCGGACUGGCUCGUGAGCAAUACUGCGCGGCUAACCCGUCCAAAGUCAACUCUCUAAAAUUCGUCGUGGUUGGCGAUGACGUAAGUGUUGGAAAGAAGCAAGGGGAAAUUGUUGGAAGAAGAGGACUUGCGGGCACCGUUUUAGUAUAUAAGAUUGCGGGCGCAUUGGCUCAGCAGGGUGCCAGUCUAGAAGAAGUCCACGAAGUAGCCCAAUUUGUUGCAGAUCGACUGGGAACGAUUGCGGUUGGCCUUGAGCACUGCCAUGUUCCUGGAGCUGAUCCAGGAGGUACCCAUCUGGAAGCCGAUGAGAUCGAGGUUGGGAUGGGCAUUCACAACGAGUCGGGCCAUACCAGAGUUCGCCCUAUUCCUGCUCUACCAGAACUGUGGACAAGCUUCUCGGUUAUCUAUCGAUCGUUUUUGCCCUGGCCAGAGAGAGGAGUUGCUGGUGACUGCGUAUUGCUUGUCAAUAAUCUUGGAGGUUUAAGUGCUCUAGAGUUGAGCAGUGCCGCUAAGACAAUCUCAGAGAAGAUAACCGAAUCUGGUAUAAAUAUUGAAAGGAUGCUAGUGGGGACCUAUAUGACAUCACUGAAUAUGCCUGGGUUUUCUGUCACAUUACUUCUGCUGCCGCAAUCGGACGAAACAAAAGUAUCCAAGGACAAGCUAUUGAGGCUACUCGAUGCUCCGGCAAAAACUCCUGCUUGGACUUGGACGAGUGGGGCAUCACCAAUAACCCGUUCCUCUGUAGCUAGCCCUCAGGCCGAGGCAAGUACGCAAAAAGGAAGUACUCCCGCUUCGAAUCAAUUUUCAGAUUCGGUGAGGCGGGCAUGCCAUGCACUGAUCCGGGCCGAGCCAGAAAUCACCCAGAUGGACCAGAUCGUAGGUGAUGGCGAUUGCGGUACCACACUCAAGGCAGGAGCCGAAGCUGUGCUCGACGCUCUGAAUAAACCUGAGUUUGCCUUCUAUGGCGCGAGGGGUUCUAUUAGUCAAAUAGGCCAAAUAGUUGGAGACGCAAUGGGUGGCACCUCUGGAGCCUUGUACAGCAUAUAUAUCUCAGCCUUGGCGCAAGGACUUCAGGGUGCCUCAUCUGGAGACUCUGGAGAACCGACACGCGGUCAGUAUGCAGAUGCGGCCGCGUUCGCUCUGGAACGUCUAUACACCUAUACUCGUGCACGCCCACCUAGCAGAACAUUGGUGGAUCCAUUGGCGGCCUUUGUAGAAUCGUUGAAGGAUCCAGAUGCGCAUCUAGAACAAGCGUUCGAGGCAGCUCAACGCGCGGCGGAGGAAACUAAAAAUUUGCCUGCACGCGCGGGCCGUGCGGCGUACGUCAACGCAGAGGCUGUCAAGGGGACCUGCGACCCCGGAGCAUGGGGGAUUCGCUGUCUCUUGGAGGGUUUGCUGAAGGGGUCUUCCAAGUAA